AAAGAGGAAUGCGAUAAAACAAAAUGCCCGGGUCCACUGGCGUAUUACAAGGCUCUCAAUUGUACUCCGGUGUUUGAGAAAAAGGGCGAUUGUUGCGCGACCGAAUACAACUGUGAUCAUCUAAAAAAUAGAUCCACUUCCAAGUGUUAUGUCAAUGGUAAAGAGUAUGCGGUUGGAGAAAAACUCAAAGACGAAGAUGCGAAUCCUUGUGACAUUGGUUGCACCUGCUCCCCAGGAUAUGAUGGCAUCGCCUCGUUUAAUUGUGCGGUAGUUGAUUGUUUCCACGGACCAACAAAACCAGAUUGUUAUAGAAAGAAUUCCCCGGACCAAUGUUGUCCCGGCGAGGAAGUGUGUCCUGAAAAUCCCGAAGACAGAGCUAUCUGUAAUGUAAACGGAAAGGAAUAUAGAGAUGGAGAAUACUUCGAAGUUGAGAGUGACCCGGAUUUAAACUGUGUAUGCCAGCCGGGCUAUGAAGGGGAAAACGUCGAACCUUUCUGCAUGAAGCCUAAACAUCCAUAUUGCAGUCCCGAUUUCCGUCAUGCAAGCGACAUUGUUAAUAAUUGCGUUCCGGUUUAUUAUGCCGAUCAAUCGCCGCAGACUAGUUGCAGUGUAUCUUCGAGAUGUCAAAACGACAACGACAUUGUUAUUCACAAUGAGAAGUCUGGUGACAAAA